AUGUCUUACGGAUGUUCCGUAUUGGCUAACAAUACAUUCUAUAUUACAGCUACGCCUGGAGAAAGAAUUGAUAUCAAGCUUGGUGACAUUUUUCGAGAUAAAAAUAAGAAAUAAUUCACUCUCUCUCCGUUAUCAGAAUUUUUCUCUAUCUCUGCUCCAUUGAGUUUAAUACAAUAAAGUCAAUAUAAUUUUUAAGAACCAAGAGAGGUGAUAGCUUAAAAAUUAUAUAAAAGUUCAGGAUAUCUAGAUAUAACAAAUUAAAUAACUAUUUUGAGCAAAGCACAAAAUAAGUAUUUUAUAGAAUAUAAUUCUGUAAUGUUUGAAAACACACCAGAAAUUGAUGUCGUUUAAUAAGUAAAUCUUAAAGACGCUUCAAUUUGUUACGAUGCACUCUAAGUAAAUUAAUUGUAUGUUAUUGAAUGUAACAAUGUGGAAGGUGAUUAUUUUGCUCUACUUAAUAAAGACUAAGUGAAAUUCAUGACAAUUAUAAAUUCUUAAAGAUAACAAAGGAAACUCGAUUAAUUAGAUAACUUAGUUUUAAGAAAUUUAUAUUAUUCAUUAGAGUUAUAUCAAUUACAGGAUAAUGAAUUAGUCUUAUUGAGUACUCUAGAUAAAGAGCAAGUUAAAAAAAUAACUAAGGAUGAGAAUAUUGAUCUUCUAAUUUUAGAUUUUAAAUUUCAUACCAACUAAUAAAUUACUAUUUUGAAUUAGAAUGGACAAUUUAUAUGUCUCAAAUACAUGAUCUAAUAAAAACAAUGGGAAUUGUAUGAAUUUUUGUAAACUCCAACAUUUCUUCCUUAUGCUUAUGAUUAUUCUUGGAAGUAUUAGUAAUUAGUCAUAAUUUCAGAAAAAGAUAUAUACCUUCGUUAGAUUUCAGCUUGGACUUAAUAAGAAGACUUGAACUUUAAACAAACUAGCAGAGUGAGUUUGUCCUAAAACAAUAUUAUUAUAUAGAAUUAAAAAUCUUUAUAAAUUUUGAAUUUGAAUUUAAAAGAGCGAUAAAGCGUUGAUAUCAAAAAUUAAGGCUUUUUGAAUUCAUAUCCAGCUGCUGAUUAAUUUUUAUUGUUUGAUCUCUAAAACUUUUAUGCGUAUACAAUAAAUCAUGAAGGCGAUUAGAUAUUGAGAUUUUAAUCGAAUUAAUUAAUUAAUGAAGAUUAAUUGCUAAACAUCUAUUAGCAUACUUCAUAUAAUUUAUGUUUAGUCUGGUGCUAUUAUAAGGUUGUUGAGAAGGCUUCCAAGGACAUUUAUUAAUAACUAACAGUUACAAAUAGUUUUUUUAAAGGUGGUUUCGUGUUAGACCAACAAUCAUAAUUGUAAUUUACUUAACCAUUCGCUGGACAAAAUAUUAAGAUAGAGUUCACUCCUAAUGAAUUUGGAACGGUUUCAUUUAGUAGAAGCAAAAAGGUUGAAAUUCUGAAUGCAGGUGAUCCAAAGGAUGUGAUUUAUCGUAAAAUUAUCCCUGAAGCUGGAUAAACAAGUUUUAUCGAAUAAGAUAAAGAUUUAAAAAUAACAGGAUAUCUGUGCAGUUUAGCAGACAAAUAAUUUUAGUGUAGGACAUUUAUAAAGACACACGAAUUUGUCAAAUUAUAGGAUUCCCCUCUUUAAACAUGGUUUGCAAAGUUUUAUACCUACUUAGCAAUAGGAAAGGAGAAAAAUGUUGAACUCUAUUGUAAUUGUAAUGAUCUAUUCCAAAUAUCUCUUCUUACAACCUUAACUUUGAAUAGUAACAUUAAGGAAAUCAAGCAAAGUCUUUCGUAUUUAUUAAUAAUGGUGGAUUAGGAAGUGCUUGUAUAUUAGAUAAUUAUUGGUAAAUAAAGGUUAGUAUUUCGUCAUUCAGCUGAAAAAAUCUUUACAUCUGCAAACUCAGAUAGAAUUUGGAUUUAUGAGAAGAAAACCUUAAAUCUCUUUGAUAUUUCGGAUAAUUCAAAGUUGCUUUGGUUUACUUCUUUAAAAGAUUAUGAAGAUGUCGAAAUUGGAGUUUCUGAGAAUCACUUUUUGUUACUUACAAAAAGAGAUACUCAAUAUCAAGCAUUUGUGUAUGACUAUCAAUCUCUCAAACAUGCAUACAUUACAAAAGAAUUAGACCUUUCAGGUUACACUCAAUUGAAGCUUUGUCUAGGCUGUAAUUCUAACUCCAAUUUUAUUUAUUUGGAGGCAUAAAAAAAUGAAGAUCGCGUAUUGCUUGUUUACAGAUUAGAUCAAAUUGCAAUAAAUUCAUAGUUCAUAGAAUAUUCUAUAUUAGCAAGCAGCUAAAUUUCCUCUAAUGAAUAAACAUUAUUUAUUACUAAUGCUAACUUUUAAAUGCUAUCAUAAUACAUUAUUUAGAAAGAUUCAUCUUCUAUUAGCAUUGAAGUAGAUAAAAAGUAUAAAUAAAUUAAGAAUUGUGAAAUAAUAAAAUUAAACGCAAAAGUCUUUAAUUCUGAAAAAACCUAAGAAAUUAAAGAGCUUCCAAUUUCAGUAAUAAAUAGAGGAAUAGAUUUAUUUGUUGUAGAAAAUGAAUUUAAUUUUAAAUAUGAGAAAGCUGGGGAAAAUGGUCAUUGUUUCGAUUUAGGAUAAUCAUGGUAUAGUGGGUAAGCUCUUGAUAUAGAUUUAAAAUAACCAAGUGGAGAUGUUCAAUUAUAAAAGACUUUGGUAAAAUAAGAAAAUUCUAUUGAAUAUAGUGAAUCUAUUAUGCAAUUUGAUGAUCAGAAUUUGAUUUAAUUGUUUAAGAAUAAGAUUGUUUUAGUUUCUAAAGCAGAUUUUAAAACUACAGAAUUCGAAUUAGAUAAUAAAUACUCAUUCAUUAACGUACUUUAUAUCCAAAAAGAUCUUAUUUAUGUCUAAGCUACCUAAAAUCAAUAGUAUCAUCUUAAAAUAAUAUAAUACAAAGACUCUAAAUUCUCAUUACUAACGGGAUCAAUUACUUUUAAUGCAUAAAUAAAAAAAGUUAGCUAGCUUAAUAAAUAUUUCUUUAUUUGGGUGGAUUUGAAAGUAUAAAUUUAUAACACAAAUGAUGAACUAUCAAAUUUACAAAAAUAUGCUUUUGUUCAAAAUAUUAGCAUUCCCCCUUAUGAUGGUUCUAUGGAAAUUUUAUAUGUCUAAAGCAAUGAUGUUUAUUAGAUCUUGUUUUUGAAUGAGAGCUGCUUAUUAUUGCUAUAGAGCUUUUAAAUAACUUAAACCUAAAACGGUCCUUACCAAUCUCUAAUAGAUAUUCGGAAUGUUUUAAGUGAGAAAUUACUCUAUGAUCCUUAAAACUAAAUUUGCAGAAAUUCAUUCUUUGCAAACAAUGAACUUGUGGUUGUUAUUUCUGGAACUCCAUCCUAUAAAUUUGGCUUGGUUACUAAAUGUUAGGAAUAGAAUAUUUGUGAUAUUAUAGAGUUAAACUUAAUAUCUGAAUAUCAGUAAUAUGGCGAUUCAGUUAUAGAUACAAAAUAUCCUAGUAGCUAUUUAAAUGAAAACAUCUUGUCUAUAAUUUAUCAAUUAGAUGAUGGUUAUGAUGUUUUGCUCUAUGAUCUUAAAAGUUAGAAUAAUAAAAUUGGACCAAAAUUGGCAAUUGCUCACUUUUUAUCUAAAUCUAAAUAAAGGCCAACGAUUUCAUUCGUUUAUAGUUCUAAUGAGUAAUUACAUUUGUUGACUUCAGUAGAUAAUGAAGUUAAAUUACAACACUAUAUAUUAAGAAGAUCUCCUUAGAUCUGUACAGAAAAAGAUUCAGUUACACAAAACGUAAUAUUUUUGUUAAAAAAUUAUUAUCAAGAAUCAACAAUUAAUGUGCUAGUGAAAAUAUCACCAAAUAUGCCCCCUAAUCCACCAGGUCCAGAUCCAGAUUCUGAUGUUAAGAAAGGAUUCCCAUUGUGGGCAACCUUAACAAUUAUUGGUUGUGUUAUUCUGUUGGGUGGAAUUGGAAUCACGAUUUGGUAUUGUAAGAAAAAGAAGGUAUCUGAUGAUUAGUAUGAAACGAUUCCAUGA